AUGCCAACCAAGGAGACGAUCGUGGAUGGAUACUCUCUGCACGAUGCGGCGAAAAAGGAUGACAAUGGGUACGAUGACCAGACAGAGGAGCCACACGGUACUCUGAAAGUGAUAAAAGAGAAGCCAGAAGCGAAAGUUCAACAGGAGGAAGUCACGCCAGUGGAGUAG